AUGGUUCAACUUUCGGAAGUUGCUGGACUUCAGUUGAACUUCAAGUACACAAUCAAUUAUCAGUACAUCCGUCCCUCAAACAACAUGAAUUCACAUCCAACAGUCAGAUUUAACGAUCCUCCGGCAACCGAGUAUUAUUCAAUGGAUGUAGAUGAUUCAACACAGUCCCAGACAUCAACAGAUGAUUUAUACCUUGGGCCGAAUGAUGACAUAGAAGAUGAUUCUGUGUCAUCCAGUGGUCCAUAUGUGUUGGCUGCAAUCCUGGAUCAAUUACCUCCAGCUCAAUCUGAUCAACCAGUUCAGUACAUCGACCCAGACUUGUACCUUGGGCCUGAUGAGGAUCUGAUUGAUUGUGAUGAUGAGCUGGGGUCUGUCGUGCUCAAGGGAGAGGUUACUCAAAGGGCUUCAGCUUCAGCUCGUGCACUGUGCCCCUUACCUGAGUAUGUGCCCUUUAAUUUCCAGGGGACAGAGGGGAAGUCCGAUGGAAGUCCGGGGAGUUCCGGAGGACAAAAGUCGGUGGAGUUCGGUGGAACUCCGGAAGACUAUAUGGGGAUGGAAGCCAGAGAAUUAGUCCUAAGGUUUAACCCCUAA